UCACUAAAGAUGGCGAGAGACUGCAAUGGACACGGAAACGAAUAUGUUUUUCUUUCUAGUGCAUUAUUGAAAUCAUACACCUAUGCUUUCAAGCUAGCAUUGGAGGUUGAAGCUUGACUUUCGUGCUGGUCGCUGAUUUCUCCUGUGAUGACAAACCUUUUGAAUCAUGAUACCCGAAGCACGCAGGGGUGCAGCAGAAAAAAGCCGAGCGAAGUACACUAGAUCGUACUGCGUGUUAGAGAUGAGGGGGGAGAGGCAUGUGAGAAGUGAUUUCAUCGGUGGCUAAUGAUCCCAGGUGGAGCUGAGCUGCUUUUCGCGGGUGUAAGGAAUCAUCAGGUGACUUUGCCCAGCCAAUCGCAGCCAUGGACCAUGAAGCAGUUGUUAGUGUGGAUCAGAGCAAAUCUGCUGAAGGAGCGACCAGAGCUCUUCCUGCAGGGAGACACUGUGAGGCCAGGGAUCUUGGUCUUGAUCAAUGAUGCCGACUGGGAACUAAUGGGUGAGCUGAGCUACCUGCUUCAGGAUCAGGACAAUGUAGUUUUCAUCUCAACGCUGCAUGGAGGGUAGAAGUGGAAGUGCCAAGCUAAGCACUUCAUUCUUGGCGCUUAAGCAGCGUUUGUUUAUGAUGCAUCGACUUGAAGCGACUUUCUUGGGCCACUGGAGAUCAGCACAGUCAAAAGAUUGGGUCUCAUGGCAAAGUGACGGCGCUCAGGAAGAAACUGGAAUUUCAGGAGACUGUGACAUGAGCUGAUGAGGAAGAUCCUCCUUCAUUCAUAUGUUCCCAAUGCAGACUCUUGAUUUACUUUUAAGAGCCUUAAAUCGAUUAAAAGUUCUAAACCAGGCUUUUUAAAAAUCAACUUUUAUUAUAAACCAAAAUGUCCACUGAAACCAUGUUUUUUUUUUAUUUUUUAUUAAAAUUAUUUCAACUCAUAUGAACGACUGAUACCUUUGGGGGGGGGGGUGAAUGACAGGUAAGCAUGUAUUUUAUGACGUUGCAGUCAAAUGUAUACACGUAUGUUCAAUAUCACUAACACACUGCAGUUUAUAAUCUUACCGGGCGCUGGUGUACAUUAAACAGAAUGCAAAUGAUGAUCGUUGCAAAAGAAACGGACAAUUUUCAUACAUGAAACAUUUUUCAUCCGUUUGAGAUGACGGUCUGCCCACCGAAGUCUCCAGUAAUAUUUAACUUUGUAAUGAAACAACUGUGCGAAGGAGGCAGAAAUUGGCAGCUGUAGUUAGCAGUUUCCUUGAAGGAUUACUUGAGGAUGCUUUUCUGGUUUCUAUGGCCCACCUAGAAUAUUCAUUAGAAGAAGCGACAAGGGCUCUGCGGGAGGUCGCCGUUCUGCCUGAGGCGCUGCCCUCAGCCAGCGCGCCGGCCGCCGGGACUUUUCUCGGAAGU